GCCCCAAUGUGGUCGGCGGCUGACGUUUUCUUAACCUAAGGAAAAGCUCAACUCUUUCAACAUUAACAACAAAACCGCCUUCAGAGUCACAUCGUCUCAAAAGGGUUUUAGACUUUUAGGGUUUUACAGAGAAAGAGAGAGAGAGAGAUGGGGAAGAGCGAGAAGACGACGCUGGGGAGAUCCCUGGUGAAGCACCACAACCACAUGAUUCAGGAAUCGAAAGACAAAGGCAAGUACUACAAGAAUCUCCAGAAGAAGGUUCUCGAAUCCGUCACCGAGGUCAGCGACAUCGACGCCAUCAUCGAGCAGGCCGAGGAGGCCGAGCGUCUUUUCGCUAUUAACCACAGCAACACCACUCCUCUGCCUAUCAACGUAGACACGCAGUCUAGCUCAAGUACUAUAGCAGCUGAAGAGUGGAGGGAGCAACAGAAGAUAGAGGAGGCUUUACAUGCUAGUAGUCUUCAAGUUCCUCGAAGACCUCCUUGGACACCUGAAAUGUCAGUGGAAGAACUUGAUGCUAAUGAAAAACAAGCUUUUCUCAAUUGGCGUCGGAUGCUUGUCAGGUUGGAGGAAAACGAAAAGCUUGUGCUGACACCAUUCGAAAAGAACCUGGAUAUCUGGAGACAGCUUUGGCGUGUUCUUGAACGAAGUGAUUUGAUUGUUAUGGUAGUUGAUGCUAGAGAUCCACUGUUUUACCGUUGCCCUGAUCUUGAGGCAUAUGCUCGAGAAAUUGAUGAGCAUAAGAAACUGAUGCUUCUAGUUAACAAGGCGGAUCUUUUACCUCCUCAUGUCAGGGAGAAAUGGGCAGAAUAUUUCCGCAGCAACGACAUUCUCUUCGUGUUCUGGUCAGCUAUAGCUGCUACAGCUGUCCUAGAAGGCAAAGUCUUGAAAGAGCAAUGGAGAAAACCCGACAACUUUCAUAAGACAGACGAUCCAGACGUUGUGAUAUACGGUAGGGACGAGCUGUUGUGCCGUUUACAGUCCGAGGCUCAGGAGAUUGUCAGAGCGAGGAACUCCAGAGCAGCUGUUGAGUCUCAACGUGAGAAUGCUGUCGUUGGAUUUGUAGGUUACCCUAACGUGGGGAAGAGUUCUACCAUCAACGCAUUGGUUGGUCAGAAACGAACAGGUGUCACCUCUACCCCGGGAAAAACAAAGCACUUCCAGACUUUGAUCAUCUCCGAUGAGCUCAUGCUGUGUGACUGUCCCGGUUUAGUCUUCCCUUCCUUCUCGAGCUCGAGAUACGAAAUGAUCACUUGCGGUGUGCUUCCUAUCGACAGGAUGACAGAGCACCGCGAAGCUAUUCAGGUGGUUGCUGACAAGGUCCCUCGCCACGUCAUCGAGAGUGUCUACAACAUUACUCUCCCCAAACCCAAAACAUAUGAGCGUCAGUCACGUCCUCCUCUUGCUGCUGAGCUUCUGAGAGCUUACUGUGCUUCUCGUGGCUACGUGGCCUCUAGUGGACUACCUGAUGAAACCAAAGCAGCGAGGCAGAUUCUAAAAGAUUACAUUGGAGGUAAGCUGCCGCAUUUUGCAAUGCCGCCUGGGAUGACCGAAGAGGACAACACUGGUCCAGAAACGGGUUCAGAUUCUGAAGAAGGUUCAGAUGAUGAGGAAGAAAGCGAGCAAGUUCCUGGUAUUGAUGACGUGCUGGAGGAUCUGAGCUCGUUUGAUCUGGCGAAUGGGCUUGCGUCUACUAAGAAAGUGAGAGUGAAGAAGGAAACUGCGUCACAUAAACAGCACAAGAAGCCGCAGAGGAAGAAGGAUAGGAACUGGAGGGUUAAAAACACAGAGGAUGGAGAUGGGAUGCCUGUGGUUAGAGUUUUCCAGAAACCUGCUAACACAGGGCCUCUCACAAUGCGUUGAUCUCACCAUAUUGUAUAACAUCGAAAGUUUGUGAUAUACAAGAUGGUGUGUAUUGUCAAAAGAAGAUACUUCAAAGUUUUUUUUUCGUUUUAUUUAUAGUGUGAUAACAGUUGAACCUGUUGUAGGUUUUCGAAUCUAUUGAUGUUUUUGUUUCCAACU